UUAGAAGACAAGGGGGUAACCGACUUGCCAAAUAGAAGCCCACGCCAUUUGACUAUUGGGAGGUUCCCCCACACCAUUACUUGCUUCCUGUCUCUUGCAGAUUGAAAUGAACUUGGCACUCUAAUAUAUCUGGUAGAGUCAGCUGGCAUGUAAGUGCCACUCCACUGUAAACGGUGGCAAGCAGGCCCUAAACCCUAGAAGCAGCCGACUGAUAGGAGCAAAGCAGGGUAUUUGGAAGGGCAAAGAGACAAAAUGUGGGAAACAUGACGCGUUGUAUGGCAUGGCAGACACCUCUCUCAAACAUUUCAACAAACAGUUAGUGUGCAGCUUGUAGCUUUAAAUGUACUCCUCCAAAGAAGAAUCACGGAAUCCAAGGAAGCGCCUCGCAAUUUGCUACAUCUCACAAUGGUUGCAGCAGAGGAGACGCAUUUCUUUUAACCAUUUAAAUGACUCCACGUAUCAUGGAUAACUAAUCGCGUCCUGUAAAGCUUCUAACCAUCACAGAAUACGAAAACAGAAAGAGAAUCAAUGCUUUGGCAAUAGAAUGUGUCUAUCUCGAUCUAUCUAUGGCAGUUUUGGAUAUUGCUCCGUCGUUCUUCACCGUUGCCGUGCUGCGGACCUGCGGCCGCCUGCCACCGCCGGCGGUGCUAGCUCAUCAACGUCUCUUUCUGUUUGAUAAUAAGGGUGUACAGAAUGGUCAUUAAAACCUUGACCGGCUAUUUCUUCAUCCUCAAAUGGAGGGCGGUGGUUUGUGGUUCCACCAAAGGUUAGGUGGAGCUUCUUUGUAAUGUUUUGGAAAAAGAAGAGAUCGAACACUUGCGCGCCGGUUGACUGCGAGCCCGUCGAGCCCUUUCCCACUUUCACACGCACUUAUCCACCCCGCCUCCACUUUUUUCCAAGGCACCAAGCUGUCUUUUCCUCCCCUUAUAACACCAAACAACUGCCCCCGAGACGUGAACGAUCGAGGCAAAAGAGAUGGACGAGAAAACGCCGGCGGCGAAUCCCGAAGAGCAGGUUCCCUGCGAGGUGUCGGUUCCGACCACCCACGAUCCCGUGAUCACGGAUUCUGUCCACCCGUCAUCGGAACUCAGUCUACCGGCCGAGUCGUAUAGGCUGUCAAAGCAGGAAGAGCGAGAGUGGGUGGAGAGAAUUGGCAAUCUACAGAGGGCGCAAUCGGUCAAGGGAGGAUGCCAACGCCUCGCCAUCAAGACUAACCAGUCCAUCCUUGGACUGCCCAAGUUGCAGAGUUGCGGCUACACCGGCUCAUGCGGCCUCCGGCCGCCGAGCUACCGGAAAGCGCGGCUCUUCCCCGGCCAGGCGCGGAAGGGCAACGGCAGAGUCGUCCUCCCAGAAAUGGAACCGGUCUCCCCCAAGGUUUCCUGCAUCGGAAGCCUCGAUUUAAGGGGUAAAGAGACCCACAGGCGGCGGAAAGCGCCGACGCCGCGGUCCCCCGCUGUGCGCGGCGGAUGGUUCCGCCGAAAGUUGGCGGCGAUGCUUUGCCGGCGGGAACAGGCGGUGGAUUGCGAAGAGCCUUCCAGGGCAGCGGUUGAGGUUCGACGGAAGGCGGAGUAUCCGGCGGCUGUGGCACCAGAAGAGAUGGUGGUCGAGGAGAAGACGCAGACGGUGGCACCACCGGGGAUCGGCGCCAUGAAGAAGUUCACGUCGUGCCGGAAGUCGGCCUCAGACGUCGGUUUCCUUGACUUCGACGAUCUGGAAGUAGGGUCCGGGAUGAAGUACGAGAUGGACCUUCACGUCUCGUCUGCUCCGCCGACCGGACGUUCUCGGGCAGCGGCCGUGAAUCCGUACAGUUAGCCACCGCCCAUGAGGGGCGUGCUUUGGAUAUGAAUCUCAUACUUUGGGUAAACUCGGUAUUUUGUUUUUUCAAAUAUACGACUGUAAGAAUAUAGUGAGUUCACAUGUAAUCUUUGUUUGUGGGUUUCAAUGUAAAGUCAAUUUUGCAUGCA